AUGAUAAGCAAUUAAGAAUUUUUGUAAACUUUUGCAGGAAAGUAUAAAUAGUCACUUUUUAAGUAAUUAUUUAACCAUAUUUUAGUAUUGCUUACUAAAUUAUUUGCUAAAAUAGCCAAUCUCUGUAAGUUAGCUUAAUAUUAUCCAUGAUCUAAUUUUUUCAACUGCUUUAUUUUCCCUUUCAAGUAUAGCUUCAAUACGCUUGGCAUUAUCACAAACUUUCAUCAUAAAUAUAAGAAUUUCUUUCAUAUUUUACUAUACUUAGAAUAAUUAUUAAUUAGGACAAAUCUAUGUAUUUAAUGCUAAUGUAUUUUGCGAUUAUAAUUAUUUUUCUUACUACUUUGCUUGUAAUCAUAUCAGCCAUCGAAAAAAAACUUUAAAAUAAAAAAAUAAUAAUUAUGUUUCUCAGCAAAUCGAUACAAUUUAUGAUGACAAUUGGAUUUGAGGCAAUUAUGAGAAUACUUUCGGGAGUAAUUAAAUUAAUUUUAUUAAGCAUAGCUUCUAAUCUGCAAAUUAGAUAAAAACGGGACUCUUAGAAUGUUAUAUGUUAUUGAACAAGAAUGUUGGGUAGGUGAUUAUGUGUAUCAUGCAAUAGUUGUGAUUAUUUCACUUAUUCUUUUGCUUUUUUUACUGUUAGCAUGCAAUAAAAUAUUUAUUGACUUAAAUAAAAAUAAGAAAAAUACAUUUUCAUAGAAAGAAGGUUCUUCUUAUUUUAAAGUAUUUUUGUAUGUAAUAUUCUCUAUGAUAUCCUCAACAAUAAUAAAAUUGCCUCAAUAUUCAUUCUGUGUAAUUGCUAUUUAAAAUAUAACAAGCUUAUCACUAUUUUUUAGUAUUUUUUAAAAACGUCCUUUCUAUAAUUCUAUUAUAUAAGGGAUUUGGGUAUCAAUAACUGGAAUUGUGUUUUAUACUAAUUUAACUUUACUUAUAUCAUUCUUAUUCGAUCAAAUAGUUAUUGAGAAUCUAAUGAUUGGCUGGAUAAUUACUUGUCCUAUGAUUAUAGUCAUUCUAUUUGGAAGUUAAAAAGCUCAAAUAGAUUUAUUGAAAAUUAAUUUUUCAAGAUAUGAAUAAACUUAAAUGAUUAUGAAAGAAUGCGAUUAUCUAUUAGAAUUGGUAGAUUCAUCUGAAAAAAAUUAAAAUAAAUAGAUUUAAAUAUUAGGAUUUCUAGAAUUACAUUAAUAAACUUGUUUUAAAUAAAAUUGUGUUAUUCUGAUCAAUAAAAAUCUUUCAAUAAAAUAUAAAGAUAAUCAAAAGUAUACUGAUGAAAGAUAAAUUUUAAAAGAACUAAUAAAUUAAUUCUAUCAAGUUGGUUUAAAUAAGUUUCCUUAAAGUAUUGAUCUUAAAUUACAUUACAGUUAUUUCCUUUUUGAUUAUUUAGAUGACAGACAAAAAGCUUUAUUUGAAUUAGAAAAAGCUUAACUUUUAAGUCCAGAUUUUGGAUAGUAAUUUUAGAUUUAUAAUAAAAUAAGAAAAUUUAUCGAAUUGUCAUUCUAAAGAUAGUAAUUUGGUGAAAAUAAAAUUUAAUAAACUCUUUAAAAUGAUAGAAAUAUAGAUUUUUCACAAAACUAAUUGAAAUAAAAAUUUUCAGAAUGUUCUCAUCAACUACUUUAAUUUUGGAGUUAACUUCUAGAAGAAAUUCCAAAUUUAUAAGCUUUGAAAAUACAUGGUAAGUAAGUAAUGGUUUCGAUUCAUUAAAUUAGAAAAUAAUUAACAAUUAUGUAAAGAUCAAGUACAUUCAAUUCAGCUUCUUUAAAAAUUUUAAGUAAAUUUAAUGAAUAUGUAUUUUAAAUUAUAGACACAGUUCAGUUUGCUUCAAUUCGCAAAAAUUAAGAAAAUGAUUAAUUUUUUUUAGAAUCCAAAUUUUUGGAAUAAAGUUUUUUAUAAAGAUCUGAAGAUUUGGGUUCUUAUUCCUCUCCUAUAUUAGUUCUGGAACUAUUUAAUAAUAAUAAUUAAGUUUCAAUUGUAAAAAAUAUUAAUUAAGCUACCUAUUCUUUAUUAGGGUAUUCAAAAACUGAUAUAAUAGGGCAUCCUAUUUCAGAUCUGUUAUAAAAUAAGUAUAUAUCAUAAUAUUAUUAAGUUACUCAAAGUUACACUAAUCAUUGGUAGAAAGUUAUUUUGCAUCAGAUUCAUAAGAUUAAAUUUCAGUUUUGCCAUCAAAAUAGUUAUUUUUUUAAACAAAAUCUUAAUAUGCUGUAUUAAUAUAAACUACUGGUUCUUUAAUUUAAACAGAUAAAGGAGUUUUUCUAUACUUGAAAUUGACUAAAGAUAUUUGUUAUCGUAAUUUUGCUUACAUUAUAUUUAAUGAAGAUGGUAAAAUUGAAAAUAUAUCAUCUACUUGUAUCUCUAUUUUAAAAUUAGACAUUCGUAAACUUUAAAUAAGGUAAUUAUAUAUUUAAUUAUUGUUCCCAUAUUUAUUAACUAAUAAAGAAACCUAUCUAUGUAAAAUGAAACAUAUUGCAUAUGAUUAUUAGAAACCAAAAGAUAAAAGCACUAUAUUUGAAGAUGAAGAUAAAGAAGAACUAAAUUCGAUUGAAUUAAUGGGAUAAUUAUUUGAAAUAUAAUUGAAUAGUUAAUUUACCAAAAAAGGGGAAAAAGAAUAACAUUUUGGUUAUUAUUUAAAAAUAGAAUAAAUUGAAAACAAUCAUCUAAUCAAUGCUCCUAUAGUUAAAAAAUAUUAAUCAAAUAUGCAAUUUAAAUAUUUUCUUGAACAAAAUAUUUACAUUUGUAAUAAUUUAUCUAAAUUUAGAUGGAAAUGCUAGUUAAAUUAAUUUAUAAUUAGACUCUGUUAAAGAAGAAAGCGAAAUUUAAGAAGUAAACUAAUAAUCUAUAUUUAUUUAAUCAAGAUUAUAAUCUAGAAAAUAGUUCUCAUUCAAUUCCUAUAGACUUAAAAAGAUUUAUGGUGCAGACAUAAAAACCUUAAGAUUAUUUCAAAAUGAGAUAAAAGAAGUUUUAGAUUACAUUGAGGAGGAUGAAUAUGAAGACUAUGUUAUGGAAUUCACAGAAAACUCUAAAUAAAAAGAAGAAAUUAAUAAAUCUUAAUUCAAUAAGAUCAAUUCUUAAAAUGACUUAAUGUUAUCCUUAUAAAAUAUAAAUUAUCCAACUAUAUCGAGAAGACUAAUUCUUCUAAACAAUCUAUUUAUAGUUGCAUUAUUUAUUCUAGCUUGUGUGAUGUAUUCAACUUUAUAUGAUACUAUAACAAAAUUUCAAGCUGCUAUAGAACUUGCAACUGCAAAUAACUAAAGAUUUAAUUCUCUAAUAAGAAUAUAAUCAAACCUUUAAGACUUGAGAGGUUGCAACUUCAAUAUCGAAGCUUCUGGAUUUGAUAUUAACAAAGAAAAAUUUGUAAGUUAUAAUUUUUAGGAGUUGAAGAAUGAAUUAAACUUGUUGUUUGAAUCAAAUAAACUGUUAACUUCUUCUGAAGUAAAAAUUAACUAAAAAUAUUAAGAUUAUAUUGAUUAAUUUGAAUAAUCCAUAAUUUAGAUGUAUUUAUUAGAUGAUAGCUAUCAAACUUUUUCGUAUAAUUAAGCAGUUUAACAAUUAAUUGCAAGAGCUAUAACUUUAAAUAGUAGUAGUUUAGAUAAAUUCAAUGACGAAUAAGAGGAUUUUCAUUAUUAUUUGCAUAACACCUUUAAUUCUAUUUCAAAAUAUUAGUAUGUGUCUUAAGACUAUUACUUUUCAAAUAUAUAAAGUUUACUUGAUGAUUUAAAAACAUUUGAUACUUUUUUUUUUAUUCUUUCAUCUUGCUGUUUGUGUUUGAUAUUUUUAUUUUGUUAAUUAUACGUUCGUUCUCAUUAAUCUAAUAUAAAAAAUAUUGUUUCAGCUUUUCAAGAAAUAAAAAACUUUUAUGUAAAAUAAAUAAUUGAUGGGAUCCAAAUGUUCAUGUAAAUACUUGAGACGAAUGAUGACGAUGUAAAAGACUUUAAUUAUUUUAGAUAGAUUAAAUAGAUUUGGAAGAAUAUGAAAAUUAAGAAGGAGAAAUAACUAAGAAAAGUCGAAAAAGAAAAUCUUAAGUUUUUAUGAAAGGUGACAACAAAAUUUAAAUUCAAAUAAUUUUUGUUUCUUUGUUAUUUUUUUCUUACUUCAAUUAUUUAUACUUUAGUUCUUUAGUAAAUAAUAAUGAUAUUUAUUUUAGACAAUUAUCAAUUAAACAAACUUAUUGAUUCCGCUUGUCAAUAUAACCUCCUACAUUCCAACUUAAUAUACUAUACUUGAUAAUAGUAUAAGAGAAAUGCUUUUUGAUGAGAAUGCUAUCACUACGCAUGAAUUAAAUUCAAUAAAGAAGAUGGUUUUUAUGAUUGAUGAACUUUAGAUUUAAGAUGCUGAAUUGCAUGUAUUAAAUUAAAAAAAUUAAGAUAUUCUAUCAUUAGAAUAUUCUUCACUUUUCAAUUAGAUUUAUAUUGUAAAUCCAUGUAAAAUUAUUAUUGAAAAUGAUUUAACAGUGACUAAUUAAACUUGUUUAUCAUUUAGUAAGAAUAUUUUAUAAGAUGGAUUAGCGGUUGCUAUUUCAAACUUUUUUUAAAAUGCUUAUGAAAUGAUAUUGUAGUAAACUAAAUAUGAUUCUAAUGUUGUUUAUUCAAAUUUAACUUAUAAUCUUAGCACAGAUCAUAAGAAAAACUAUACAUAUAAUAUUCUUAAUAGUUUUUAUAGUUAAGAAAAUAGAUAAAUACAAAAAGUUUUCCUAAAGAUAUGUCAUUUAUAAUUAAUUAAAGAGUUAUAAAGUUAAUUAAAUAAUUAUUACUCCUUCUUGUCAUUUUAAUUAACCCUACUAUUCAUGAUAUUUUGUAUGAUUACAAUAUUUAUCUAUUUUAUAAUUUGGAUCCCAUUAUUAACCAAUUUUUAUCUUGAAAUAUAAAAAACUUUAGAAAUUUUAACAAUUAUUCCAAUUAAAUAUUUAAAUAAAAUUGAAUAACUAUAACAAUAUAUUAAAAACUUGAAAGAGCAUAAUUAUUGA